GAGCUUCCCUGCAUCGGCCCUGGUUCCAGACCUGCAGCCCCAUGACGACUCUGGUAAUACUGACGUCUCUGCUCCUCCUGGGAGCCCUGGCCCAGCACGGGUCCGAGUGGACGUACUCAGAGGGGGCGCUGGAUGAGGAGCACUGGUCCAAGGAGUACCCUACCUGUGGGGGGAAGAGACAGUCGCCCAUCAACGUGCAGAGGAAGAAGGUGCGGUACAACCCCGACCUGCCGGCUCUGAACCUGACGGGCUACGAUGUCCAGGGGGGCGAGUUCUCCAUGAUCAACAACGGCCACACAGUGCAGAUCAGCCUGCCCCCCACCAUGCGCAUGACGACCACCACUGGCGUCGAGUACAUAGCCCUGCAGCUGCACUUCCACUGGGGUGGCGCGUCCUCCGAGAUCAGCGGCUCUGAGCACACCUUCGAUGGAAUCCGAUAUGUGACAGAGAUCCACGUUGUUCACUACAAUUCUAAAUACAGUAGCUACGACAUAGCCAAGAGCGCUCCGGAUGGUCUGGCCGUGCUGGCAGCCCUUGUUGAGGUCAAGGACUAUGCCGAAAACACUUACUAUAGCAACUUCAUUUCUCACUUGAUGAACAUCAGGCAUGCAGGACAAAGCACAGUUCUGAGGGGCCUUGACAUUCAGGACAUGCUGCCCGAAAACCUCCGCUACUACUACAGCUACCAGGGCUCACUCACCACUCCUCCCUGUACUGAGAACGUCCAGUGGUUUCUGCUGGCGGAUUCUGUCCUGCUCUCCAAGGCACAGAUUUGGAAGCUAGAGAAUUCCUUAUUGGAUCACCGGAACAAGACCAUCCGCAAUGAUUACCGCAGGACACAGCCCCUGAACGACAGAGUGGUGGAAGCCAACUUCAUGUAUCACCGUAAUCGUCAACAUAUUCUAGACGCUGAGCUCCAGGCUUACCUACGCAAGAUCGAUAGUAACCUUGAUUACUUGAGAAGACAUGUUGAACAGAAGAAAGCGAAGAGAAAAUGCUAAUAAUGAGUUUUUUAGUACCCCCAUU